AAAAAUUACUUUUUAAUUUGAUACAACUAAUUAAAAUUUCUUAAAACUUUGUCGCCGAAGCGUAAAGGAAAAAUCUUUAAUCUUUUUUUUUUUGUUUUUUUUGAUGUACGAAGAGAGGAGGCACGAUUCAUCAUCAUCAUCAUCAUCAUCCAAAGCAGUUGCGUUGUUCGGCGAUCACCAAGCAAAUCUUUCGACUCAAGACAUCGAUUCGUAAAAUUUCAUUUUGCCUUUACAAUUACAAACUUCUAUGCGGAAGAACCCUAACUGAUCCGCCAUGGGAGAUUCCGUUUCUGUUCAUCAAUCUCUUGGUGGUGGCUCAGUUGCUGAUUUGCUGUUAUGGAGAAACCGGACUGGUGCGGUGAUUUUGCUAGUUUCUUCUACUGGGUUUUGGUUUUUAUUCGAGAGAGCUGGAUACAAUCUCUUGUCUUUCGUCUCCAAUGUUCUCCUUCUUCUUGUUGCGGUCCUCUUCUUAUGGGCUAAGUCUGCUACAGUACUCAACCGACCCUUGCCUCCAGUUCCGAAUAUGGAAAUCCCUGAGGAGUUUGCGAUCAAGGCUGCUGAUGAUCUUCGGCUAUGGAUCAAUUAUGUACUGUCAAUUGCAAGUGAUAUCACCAUAGCUAGAAGUCCGAUUCGUCUCCUUCAGGUUUCAUUUUUCUUGUUGGUUAUCUCCUAUGUUGGUACUUUAAUCAACUCCCUCACUCUUGUCUACAUUGGAGUUCUGCUCAGCCUUUCUUUUCCUAUAGUGUAUGAGACAUACCAAGACCACAUUGAUGAUAAACUGAAUUCAACUUCUAAAUUCGUUCGAAGUGUCUCAAGAAAGUUUCCAAUGCCCGUAAGCAAAGAGAAAAAACAUCAGUAGGUACUAGAGUGUGAAAAAAAAAAAACUAUUUGUUCACAAGACUAAUUACUGCAAGCCAGCUUUAAAACACACACAACAAGGAGCCGUCACAGUAAUGCUACAAGAGCAGCGGAGAAAAGUGAAUCACACACAGUACAGAUUUUAGUUCAUUUCUUUCUGUUUCUCUUUAUCUGAGUUCUUCUUUAGUAUCUGUUGGCUGUUCUAGAUUCUUGAAUUUUUGGUUUCUUUUUUGUUUUUGGGUUUGCCGAGACAAUUUGGUGUUUUUAGUUUUACACGAAUGCUUUGUGGCAUUAUUGUUGCAGUAGAAUCGCAAAAAUAUGAAACUAAUACAGUUUGAAGGUUACAAAAAUAUUUAAAAUCACUUAA